CGAGCGCGCGCGAGAGCCGCGGCGUGCCGCGGCGGGCUACGGGGCUGCGUCGGUUGUUGUGUGUUGCAGUGGGAGAGGGAAGAGUCGUCAUUUGCGCUCUGGAAGGAGAUGGAGCUGCUGUCAGUACAAGUUGGCCUGAGGGAGAAGUUCAGCGAAGGUCUGAAAACGUGGCUAGCGGGCAUCAUGGCCCAAACGGAAUGCAGACGCGAGGACGCUGCCGAGACGUUGCUCCGGCUGAUCGACCAAGAAGAAGUGAUCAUCCGGGACGAGGAGGGAGCUGCCUACCCGCACGCCCAGGAGGCCCCGGAACGGGAAUGGUCUGUACUGGUGGAACGCACCGAGGUGGCCAGGUGCAGUACACUGGAGGAGGCGCUGCUGCUGGUCGGCGUGAGCUUCUACGUGUUCAACCAGAAGCCUCGCACCAAGUACAAGACCCUCGUCUGGUUUCUGCACAACGAGGUUUUUGGAAUGAGGAGCGAUGAGAUUAAACCGAAGGGCGCCGCGCUGCAGAACCUGCUGAAGUGCAAGCCGCAAGAGUAACGCCGUCCACUGCCAUCUCAUGUACUCAUCUCAGAGGGCUGGUCGGCUGCGCGCCGCCAGCAUCGUCGGGCGCCGCGGUCACUUUUAGACGGAACGUUCGUGCGUCGUUGUCGUCGUGUUGUUUGCUGAUGCGCACUGUUGCGCCGCCGCAGUCGCGGCUGGGCCAUGCGCGCGCACGCAGGAGGCGAUUGCGCCGCUGCAGUUGCGGCUGAGCCAUGCGCGCGCACGCAGGCGAUUUAAGCGUCAGGGGUUCAGAAGUGCCUCGUUCCUCGAUUGUAGUUCGUAUGUUUCUGAUGUUUUUUUUUUCAAGCGACGGUGGGAUGUACAUCGAUUGGUGCGGCGUGUGUACGUGCGCGUAUGUAGGUGUUCUCGCUGCACUGUGCAGCGUCGAGUCAGCAGGCGCCGCGGAAAACCAUUGCUCUUCGUGAAACGUCAUCCAAUAAAAAUCAGUCGACCUUUCUGAAACGUGUGUGCAACGUGGUACU